AUGUGACGUCACACAAAGGGACUGUGGGUAUCAAGCUUCCGCAUUCCUUAUUCAAACUUCGCUUCUCGCUCAAGUUAGGAGCGUGUCCUGCUGCUCAGUGCUGGGCGUGGAUUUCUGACGUAGAGGAUAUGCUGUCUUUCAGUGAUGUGGCCAUUUAUUUCUCUGCAGAGGAGUGGGCAUGCCUGGGCCCUGCUCAGUGGAAUUUGUACAGGGAUGUGAUGUUGGAGAAUUACAGCAACCUUGUGUUCCUGGGUCUUGCUUCCUCUAAGCCAUCCCUGGUCACAUUUCUGGAGCAAAGACAAGAGCCUUCAGAUGUGACUAGACAAGCAGCUGCCACCCUGCCGCCAGGAAAAAAAUGCUAUAUAUCCAAAGAAUGUGGCAAAGCCUUUGAUUGCAAAGAAAAUGUUAAUAACCACCAGAGAAUUCAUUUAAGAGUGAAGCCCUGCAAGCUUGAAGACCCUGACAAGUCCAUUCAUUGUCCAUCAGUACUCUCUGAACACAAGAGAAUUCAUACAGGAGAGAAACCCUACAAAUAUCAAGUAUGUGGCAAGGCCUUCCAUUUUUCAACAUUACAUUCUGUACACAAGAGUCUUCAUACAGGAGAGAAACCCUACAGAUGUGAAGUAUGUGGCAGAGCCUUCUCUUUGCCAUCAUUACUUUCAGGACACAAGAGACUUCAUACAGGACAGAAAUACUACAAGUGUGAAGUAUGUGGCAAAGUCUUCCAUUUACCAUCAUUACUUUCAGAACACAACAGAAUUCAUACAGGAGAGAAACCGUACAAGUGUGAAGUGUGUGGCAAGGCCUUCCGUAUUUCAUCAUUACUUUCUAAACACAAUAAAAUUCAUAUAGGAGAGAAACGCUACAAGUGUGAAGUAUGUGGCAAGGCCUUCCAUUAUCCAUCAGUACUUUCUAACCACAAGAGAAUUCAUACAGGAGAGAAACCCUACAAGUGUCAAGUAUGUGGAACGACCUUCCAUUAUCCAUCAGUCCUUUAUAAGCAUAUGAAAAUCCAUACGGGAGAGAAGCCCUACAAAUGUGAAAUAUGUGGCAAGGCUUUCCGUACUUCAUCAUUUCUUUCAGGACACAAGAGAAUUCACACAGGAGAGAAACCAUACAAAUGUGAAGUAUGUGACAAAGCCUUCCGUUUACCAUCAUUACGUUCAGAACACAUCAGAAUUCAUACAGGAGAGAAACCCUACAAGUGUGAGGUAUGUGGCAAGGCCUUCCGUAUUUCAUCAUUACUUUCUAAACACAAUAGAAUUCAUACAGGAGAGAAACCCUACCAGUGUGAAGUUUGUGGCAAGGCCUUCCGUAUUUCAUCAUUACUUUCUAACCACAAGAGUCUUCAUACAGGAGAGAAACCCUACAAGUGUGAAGUAUGUGGCAAGGCCUUCCAUUAUCCAUCAUUAGUUUCUAAACACAAGAGAAUUCAUACAGGAGAGAAACCCUACAAAUGUGAAGUAUGUGACAAGGCCUUUCAUUGUCCAUCACUGCUUUCUAAACACAAGAGAAUACAUACAGGUGGAAAACCCUACAAAUGUGAACUUUGUGGCAAGGUGUACAAAAGUCCUUCAGAACUUUCUAUACACAAGCGACAUCAUACAGGAGAAAAUCCCUACAAAUGUGAAGUUUGUGGCAAAGUGUACAAUCGUCCAUCAAAACUUUCUAUACACAAGAGACUUCAUACAGGAGAGAAACCCUACAAAUGUGAAGUAUGUGGCAGAGCCUUCCAUUUACCAUCAUUACUUUCAGAACACAACAGAAUUCAUACAGGAGAGAAACCAUUCAAGUGUGAAGUGUGUGGCAAGGCCUUCCGUAUUUCAUCAUUUCUUUCUAAACACAGUAGAAUUCAUACAGGAGAGAAACCCUACCAGUGUGAAGUUUGUGGCAAGGCCUUCCAUAUUUCCUCAUUACUUUCUAAUCACAAGAGUCUUCAUACAGGAGAGAAACCCUACAAGUGUGAAGUAUGUGACAAGGCAUUUCAUCGUCCAUCCUUAGUUUCUAAACACAUGAGACUUCAUACAGCAGAAAAUCCCUACAAAUGUGAAGUUUGUGGUAAGACAUACAAUCGUCCUUCAAAACUUUCUAUACACAAGAGACUUCAUACAGGAGAGAAACCCUACAAAUGUCAAGUUUGCGACAAGGCCUUUCAUUGUCCAUCAUUACUUUCUAAACACAAAAGAAUGCAUACAGGAGGAAAACAUGUACAGAAGUAAAGUAUCAUCCAAGCCUUCCAUUUUCCAUCAGUACUUUCUAAACACAAGAAAAUUUAUACAGAAGAGAAAUACUACAAGUGUGAAGUAUGUGGCAAGUGUUUAGACCUUCCCAGAUUCUUUUUACACAUUUGAUAGCUCAUGCUGGAGAGAAACUCUACAGAUGGGAGGAAUGUGGAAAAGCUUUCUCUCCAGUCAAUCCUCUGUCAGCCUAAAUUAACUCACUGUUGGCAUGAUCACUGUGCACUGUGAACAGUUUACCCUUGUUUAUUUAAAUGCUGAUUUCUUUACCCCACUAUCUCGUUUCAAGCCAAAUAUGGCAUUGUAAUUUUUGUUCUAAGUUUCCCUUGUCUCAAGUUUGUGUAAACAUGCCUAUCUUUUCUUCUCUGUUUUGCUAAUAAAAUGCCAAUCAGCCAACGUCCAGCAAUACAGGGAAUCGGUGGGACAUCUGGUUCUGAGGAAGGGUGGAGAAAGAGAAAGAGGUAGGAAAAUAAGCCACAGCAGAGGACCAAACUCCAUCAGGAGGAUUUAACCAGAACUAAGAAAUGAUUUAAAAAGUAACUGUAAUGGGAAAUUUGGCUCUGUGGAAGCUAGACUAGAUUGAAUAUUUAGGACAGAGUAAUUAUUGCUCAGUAUUGAGCUCUGGGCUAAUUAAAUAAAUCAUAGUAUCCAUAUGUCAUUACUUGGGUAAAUUACCUGGCUAAAGAUAAACUGCCACUGCAUUAAAUCUAUGAUUUGUAUCAUAGUACUAAUUCCUCUACAUACGGAAUCCAACAUGGGACAUGUAUUCAUACCCUAAAAAUUCAUUAUUAGACAUUAGGAACAUUCCGGAAGAAAAGUGCAAACUAGCACGCUCUGAGACCUAAGGUAGUUUACUAAGGGGAGGAGGAAAAAGUGCAACUGCUUCAGCCGAGGCUUAAUCCAACUCUGGGGUUUGAAAGGAUGGCCACCCUCCAGAGCUUCAUUACUUAGAGAAAUUAGGCAGCUCUGAGAGCACAAGUAAGGUAAGCAGGGCACAGCCACAGAACCAGGCAGAUUACUCCUGCCUGGAAAGCAAGCAGGCCUGCAUGCCUCAGAGGGAGGACUUAGUGCUGGUCAGAGGAGUCUCCUGCUGUGACACAGCUGUGCUUACUUAGCAACUGCAACUCCAAAGGUCAGUUGCUCUCAGUUAAUAAAACAUACCUCCCAUGGUACAAUUAGUGGAUUCAACCAUAGGCAGAGGUCCAGAAGACAACUGGAGAGAUCAGCUGAGCAAGGAAUGCGAUAAAGUGCAAGUAUCCCUGGGAUUUAUGCCUGGAGAAACCAGAUUAAUUUAGAGGAUUAAAAAGAGAUUAAAACUGCUCAGGAUUAUGCUGUAAAUCUUGAUAGACAAAUAAUAUAUGCGAGUCAUAAUUAUGUGAUAGCUGGGUUAAGAGAGAAACUGAGAAACACAAUUUUAUAAAAAUAACCUUAACAUAAGAUGUAACAUUGAGGAAGUCAUUGGUUUGAACCAUUGUGACAUCAUGCUUGAGACAAGCAAUUUGGGGGAUGUUCAGUGUCAUAAAAGUCCCUGUGUGGAAAGUGACAGAUAAGUUGCAUUAUAAGCCAAACCUGUUAGAAAUGUCUGAAGCCAUAGGCUGUCCACUGAGGAAGGAGCUGACCUAUGGGAGAGGCUAUCUGUUCUUCAGCAUCAGAGAUGGAGGGUUGGUGUGGGCUAGAUCCUUUGGAGUCCAGAUGAUUCCAUUAUGAAUAUCAGAUGCCAUGUAUAGGACUUGGGUUUGCCCUUCUGGGCUUUUGUCUUUAAAACAUUUUCUUAGAUGUCUGUUACUCUCCGCUGAAAUAGGAAAGUUCCCACUGUUCCACUGCAUAUUAAAUAGAGUAGUCUUUUUGUGUCUCUGAGAUAAGCAACUGUUUGUUUAAAUUUUACAGUCAAGAGACUAAACAUUGGAAUUGUGCUGGCACUAUUAAACAUCAUGAGGACAUUUAGAGAUGGACUAAAUGCCUGUCCUAGAGAUGAGAGUGAAAUUUUAUGGGCAUGGAGUAAAAAGUUAUGAUGUAAAUUGAUAUAUUUAAGUGUCGAGUUGACAGGAUGAAGCUGUGGUUUAACUUAAUAAUGUUAAUUAUAUUGAAUUUAGAGUCCCCAUAGAAACAGCCCGCUGAGCAUGUAAACCCAUUAGUUCCUUGAUUGUUCUGUGGCUGGAGAGAUGGUUCAAUGGUGAACAGCACUGACUGUUCUUCCAGAGGUCCUGAGUUCAAUUCCUAGCAACCAGAUGGUGGGUCAGAACCAUUGAUAAUGUAAUACUGAUGCCCUCUUCUGCCAUACAGGUAUACAAGCACAUAGAGCUCUUAUAUUCAUAAAUAAAUCUUUUUUUUUUAAAGACCUAUUUUAGAUGCAGACAGUAGCACCCUGUAGAUUGGAAACCUAAACUGAAUAAAAAGAAAAUGAGUGAGCUCCCAUAGUCACCUCUCUCUGAUCCUUUUAUUGGAUGCAAUAUCAAAUCGUGAUUGUGCCCCAAGCAUUUCCUCCCAUGAUGGACUACAACGUCAUAGUGUGUCCUGCCUUUUGUAGCCUCAGAUAUUAUCUGGGUGCAUUUUAAUAUCAACUUGCCACAAAUUAGAAUCCUCAGCUGAAGAACUCUGAUGAUUGUUUUGGGAACUGUGGGAGCCCCCCCAAUUGUGGGGAGCCCCCUGGUAACAGCCAAGAUCAAGUUGUUUUGCCUUAAUUGAGCUGCCAAUGCUACUACUACUGUCUUUUGUAAUGGUGGAACCAGCACUUCCAAGCUUUUAUUUUUGACUAGGGAACAGUAACUCUAGAGUAGACUUCAGACGUCCAGUGCCAGAUUGGAACUACUGAGGUCCCCUGCCUUUUGGCCUAAGUAACAGUGGGUGUUAGACCCCAAAGUGAGACAUCUACUGUGGGACUAUUCUGCCAGCUGAGCUCCCAGCAACAAAGACUGACUAUCUGUUUUGGAGUGUGUCAGGUGUGAUUUAGGUAUUGUGGUUUAAAGUGGAAUUAAUAAAUUGUCAUAAAUA